ACAGACAUCAUGUAUAAUGACACAAAUGGGUGACAGAAAGGAAAAAUUGUGCUCCAUUUGGGUACUAUGAGUUGAAAUGCAUUCUGCUGUCAUAUAUAACUAAUUAGAACAAAUAAAUAAUUUUAAAAAAUAAAGUGAAAGGUGAAGAUACAUAUUAUUAGAGCAGAGUAUAGGCUAACUCCAGUGAGACAUAUUUUAAGGGUCUUAGGUUUUUUUUUUUUUUGUAAAGUCACACUUGCUUGGCUGGUUUUGCCAGUAACCUUAGAUUUAAGCACACUGGGCUUUUUCUCUUAAAGGAAGCUUUGCAAGAGGUGGGCAUGGGAAAGUGUAUGGGAGUGACAUCCACCUGAUAAACUCAAUUCUUGGAUCAUGGAUCACAAGUCAUUUAUGGUGAUCUGGUUCUCUCCACAAUCUUCAGGUUGUGGUUAACCUUGUCUUCUCCUAUCUGGAUAACAUUUGGAAUUUGCCUAUAUUAUAGGUUUCUUAAAAUACUUCUUCUUUAUUUUCAUCUAAUCUGAAAAUACACUGUGUAGGCAAACAGUGCAUGCAAGCUUUAAUCAAAAUAAGGCAGUUUUCAUUAUGAAGAGUAAAUUUACAGCAACUCUUUUUUUUCUGUAUAGCCAUUUUAUUUUUUAAAUACAUGACAGCAGAAUGCAUUACAAUUCUUAUUACACAUAUAGAGUAGAAUUUUUUAUAACUUUGUAUAUAGAGUAUGUUCAUGACAAUUCAUGCCUUUAUAUAUGUACUUUUUUUUCAUUACAAUUCUUAUUACACAAACAAACCACAAUUUUUCAUAUCUCUGUUUACAUAUAAAGUAUGUUGACACCCAAUUCGAUUCUUCAUACACGUGCUUUGGAUAAUGAUGUCCAUCACCUUCCACCACCCUUGCUAAUCCCCUGCCCCCUCCCACAACAACUCUUUAAGAUUUGUAGAUUUCUCAGAAAUUUGGGAGUGACAAACCUGGAAGAAAAAUAGAUCUAGAGAAUAUGUGUGAUAAUUGGACUUUUAGAUUUACAGCUAUAGUUUCUUUUCCUUCUCUUUUGUCUGCUUUCUACCUACCUAUAAUUAUUGUAUUAUCUCUCAGUGUCACAGACAUAGACUAAUGACACAGACAUUCCCACUCAAAAGAGAGAGGAAAGGGAGGCACAUAGCAGUUGUUGAUAUAUAUCAAUUCUGAAAUCCAGGUGGGCACAUGUUAUUAGAAUUACCUACUCCAGGAACCAGAGAUUUUCUUUCAUUCGGGGUCAUCUUCUGCUCUCAGGAUUAUUGUUUCCUAAUCCAUUUUUCUGUAGUUUUGUCUCUGUUUUCUGAGAAGUCUCCUUUUAUAUAAGAAAAAGUCUUACAAAGCCAAAUACCUGGGGCUGGUGUUGUGGCUCAGUGGUAGAGCGUUUGCCUGGUGCGUGCAAGGCCCUGGGUUUGAUUCUCAGCACCACAUAAAAAUAAAUAAAUAAAAAUAAAGGCUUUGGGUACAACUAAAAGAAAUAAAUAUAUUUUUUAAAAAGCCAAAUACCUUUCUCAUUAUACUUACUUAUUAUAGAAAAUUGGGUUUCAGAGGCUGCUUUUCAUUUUGAACUGUACCUUUUAAUCCAACUGGUACAUAUUUCUUGUAAAUGUUAUGGAAUUUUUAUGAAUCUGAUUUGUUUAUUCCAUGUUCCAAAACUAUACUAUCUAUAACUCAAAUUUGUUAUAAUUUAGAUAUGAGAUGUACCCCUGAAAACUCAUGUGUGAGACAGUACAAGAAAGAUUAGAAUUGUAAUGAUUUUUUUUAAUAUUUUUUUUUUUUUUAGUUUUCGGCGGAUACAACAUCUUUUUUUUUUUUUUGGUAUGUGGUGCUGAGGAUCGAACCCAGGCCGCACGCAUGCCAGAUGUUCUCAAAUAGUGAUGAAGCUGUAAUCAAUAAAAAACUUCCCAAAGAACUCCUAUUACGGAUAUUUUCUUUUCUGGAUGUUGUUACCUUGUGUCGCUGUGCUCAGGUCUCCAGGGCCUGGAAUGUUCUGGCUUUGGAUGGCAGUAACUGGCAACGAAUUGACCUGUUUGAUUUCCAGAGAGAUAUUGAGGGUCGAGUAGUGGAGAAUAUUUCAAAACGAUGUGGGGGCUUUUUACGAAAGUUAAGUCUUCGUGGGUGUCUUGGAGUAGGAGACAAUGCAUUAAGGACCUUUGCUCAGAACUGUAGGAACAUUGAAGUGUUAAAUCUAAAUGGGUGUACAAAGACUACAGACGCUACAUGUACUAGCCUUAGCAAGUUCUGUUCCAAACUCAGGCAUCUUGACUUGGCUUCCUGUACAUCAAUAACAAACAUGUCUCUCAAAGCUCUGAGUGAGGGGUGUCCACUGUUGGAGCAGUUGAACAUUUCCUGGUGUGAUCAAGUAACCAAGGAUGGCAUUCAAGCACUAGUAAGAGGCUGUGGGGGUCUCAAGGCCUUAUUCUUAAAAGGCUGCACACAGCUGGAAGAUGAAGCUCUCAAGUACAUAGGUGCACACUGCCCUGAACUGGUGACUUUGAACUUACAGACUUGCUUACAAAUCACAGAUGAAGGUCUCAUUACUAUUUGCAGAGGGUGCCAUAAGUUACAGUCCCUCUGUGCCUCUGGCUGCUCCAACAUCACAGAUGCUAUCCUGAAUGCUCUAGGUCAGAACUGCCCUCGACUUAGAAUAUUAGAAGUGGCAAGAUGUUCUCAAUUAACAGAUGUGGGCUUUACCACUCUAGCCAGAAAUUGCCAUGAGCUUGAAAAGAUGGACCUGGAAGAAUGUGUUCAGAUAACAGAUAGCACAUUAAUCCAACUUUCUAUACACUGUCCUCGACUUCAAGUAUUGAGUCUAUCUCACUGUGAACUGAUCACAGAUGAUGGAAUUCGUCACCUAGGAAAUGGGGCCUGCGCCCAUGACCAGCUGGAGGUGAUUGAGCUGGACAACUGCCCACUAAUCACAGAUGCAUCCUUGGAGCACUUGAAGAGCUGUCACAGCCUUGAGCGGAUAGAACUAUAUGACUGCCAGCAAAUCACACGGGCUGGAAUCAAGAGACUCAGGACCCAUUUACCCAAUAUUAAAGUCCAUGCCUACUUCGCACCUGUCACUCCACCCCCAUCAGUAGGGGGCAGCAGACAGCGCUUCUGCAGAUGCUGCAUCAUCCUAUGACAAUGGAGGUGGUCAACUUUGGUGAACUGAAUAUUUAACUGACACUUCUAGAGUUACCGUGGAGUCUCUCCAGAGGAAGCAACCCGUGUUCUGGACAAGGAUUACAAAGUGAGGGCAGUGUUCAGAUCCCCAGAGCCACACAUACAUAUGCAUACACACCCUUACUCCCAUCCACUCUAGCUCUGUGACCAUGGGACUAAAAUUUGUGCUGGCUUUAAGUGGAUUGGUAAAACUUAACCAUUUCUGUUGGACAUGCCCGGAAGAAAAUCAUAGGCCAAGGUAGAGGGAGGGGGCAUUCCAGCAAACCCAUUGUUACUGCUACUGUGGUUUCUUUAUUUUGUUAAGGGGUUUCUUUGGGGAUUUUGGAACAGUAACUACAGUCCUUCAGGGUCAAGGGAAGCAUGGAAAAACAACAAAUGAUGUAUCCAGGGACCAGAAAGAAAAUUUAUUUGCAUCCUAGAAAUGGUAGCCAUCCAUUUUAAGAUGACUACAGAGCUUCUGUGCUUCCUGUUUCUAUGCCAACAUGCUGAGCAUGCUCACAAAGAAGGCUUGUCCAUUCCUGCCGUGUUUUAGUAUUUGGCCCAGGGGUUUCCUAAAUGGCUACAUUGAAAUCACUGUGGUCCAAAUAUGAUUACUUAUUCACUCAAAUUGUCACUAUCUGUAUCACACUUAUGCAUCUGUCUUCCUUUCUCCCUUCCUCCUUCCUGCACUUUUGCUCAGUCUGUCAUACCUGUUCAUAGUCUGUCUACUCACACUCAACUGUUACUCUUUUGUGUUUACAGUUUGCAUUUUGAAUGAUUAGUUGGGGUUAUCAAACAUUUUUGGAAAAAAAAAACAUCAAUAAAUAUUUUUUUAAUUCUAAAUUUUACCAUUAGGGGACCCUGCCUGAAUCUUUGCCAGUCUGAAGGGAAAUCUUAACACAAGUAAGAAAAGUUAUGAGAAGAAAUCAAGCUAAACCUAUUUUGAUGAAAACAAACUUUGCCUUUUCGUUUCUGUUUUAUCUUACGAUACAUGAUAAUUUGCAUGAUAUCCCCAGUAUUCCCUUUGCAAAUUUUUUGUCAAACUCCACUAACUUAUUAGAGAAAUGCAGUUAGUGAAGAGUAGAUGGCAGAUCCCAAAACAGCCUGAAAGUACCAACCAACCAAGCUCAGACGUUAACGAUUAACAUUAUCAUAUGUUCACUGAAUCUGGGCAUGAUUACCUAACUUGUGUCUGAGAGGUUAUUUUGUUUAUCAGGAAUGCUGCUAGAGGAUCUGUGCAGACUAGCCAGUCAGUUUCUUUUUUCCCCCAUCAUAGCUCAUCAGGAAUGUAAGAAUGGCCAUAUAACAUCAUUGUUAACAGGGUAAGUAGCCAAGUAAAGGCAUUGGAGCAGCUGAAAGAACACCCUGAGAGGAAGUAGAGUUUAAUGUCUGUCCAGGCACCAGAGCUGAAGGAAGGAGUUCAGAACCCAUGAUUCAAAGUCCAAAAAAAAGUCUCCCCCCCAAAGAAAAUCAUAGAGGAUGAGGGAAAUUUUCAGAAGAUUUCUGAACCCCAAGGUUAGAAAGCUUAUGUAAUUUUUUUAAUAGGGUGAUUUGGGGCAAGGGAUCUUUUAAGACAUUGAUGUGCAAUCCACUAUGAUAUUAGAUCAUCUUUUGAAUGAUCCUUAUUAUUAAAAGCCUUUUUUUUAAAUGCCGAAGGUACUAGUUCUACCAGCAUAUAUAAGAAAAAGUCUGAUUUAUUUAUCCCAUUGAUGUAGAAAAUGAUCAAAUGAAAGGGUCCACAUUAAAUGUAUUUUACCACAUUAAAUAUAUUUUAAAUCCUAUUUUAUUAUGCCCUUUUAAAAGUUCAGAUUAUUUUUUCCAUUUCUCCUUAUCUUCUUUUCAAAUUAUAAGGAAUAUUUAUUCUCUUUCUCUCUCCCUCCCUCCCUCCCUCCCCGCCUCCCCGCCUGUCUCUCUGUCUCCCCACCACCACCUCCCUUUCUCUCCCUCUUGUUUUUUUGAGAUGGGGGUCUCACUAUGUUACCCAGGCCGAUUGUGAACUCCUGGGUUUAAAUGAUCCUCCCAAGGAGCUGGGCCUAUGGGCUCACACCACUGCAUCUAGCAGGAAUAUAUCUUUUUAAUUUAUUUUUGUUAUUAUUUUUGUAUGUGACUGGGGAUUGAACCCAGGGAGGUUUUACCACUAAAUAUAUCCUCAGCCCUCUUUUUGUUUUUUUUAAGACAAUCUCACUAAGUUGCCUAGGCUGGCCUUGAACUUGUGAUCCUCCUGCCUUAGCCUAUUGAGUUACUGAGAUUAAAGGAGUGGACUUCCGUGCCUCACAGGAAUAUAUAUUUUAGAAACCCACUCUCCUGGAUGUAUGCCACACAUACAAAUACAUAUAUGCAUACAUACACUUCCAGAUGUGGUUAAUAAUAUUCAGAUCCUCAGGUCGCCUGUUCAAAGAGAACUAAAAGAGAGAAAUAUUUACAGGCCAUCUGCUCUAAAGUAUGGCUAUUUUUUUUAAUGCCUGAGCAAACUGACAAUAAAACCUAGAUCAGACAGUAAAUAUAGAUUUGAAUUGCCUGAGUUGAGACUAUUAACUUCUUUACUUAAAAGUUUCAGCAACCCUAUUAUUCACUGGUAUAUCAAAAGUCUUGAAAAUGCUGUUUCUCUCCGCAAAGGGUGUACCCAUGUGCAGGUUCUAGGCUUGCAUUGGUGUUACCUGCUAUGAAGUCAAAUUUCAGCCCAUCUGAGCCAAAAACAAGUCAAGUGAAAGAGAACAAAAGUCCAAGGGGGUAUGACUUAUGGUCAGGCAAGAGCCUUGUUCUUUCUCAGGAAGCUUCAGGCCCAUCAAGCUUGGAAGAAAAUACACAUUAUUUAUGCUAAUUUACACCUACACCAGAUGAUGAAUAUGCUAGGAUUACAUGGUAAGUUUGGUCAUGUGGGAAAGGUCCUGACAUCAGAAUGUUUCCUGUUUCAGCCUUUGGAAUACUUUUUUUUUUUUUCCUUGUGGUACUGGUACUGGAGCUUGAACCCAGGGCUUUAUGUAUGCUAGUAUGCUAGGCAAGCAUUCUACCACUAAGCUAAACCCAGAGGCACUUAACCACCAAGCUACAUCCCCCAGCCUUUUUUAUUUUUUUGAGAUAGGGUCUCAUUAGGUUGCUUAGGGCCUCACUAAGUUACUGAGGCUGGCUUUGAACUUGUGAUCCUCCUGCCUCAGCCUCCCAAGUUGCUGGGAUUACAGGCAUGCAUAACCACACCCAGCUCUGAAAUGGUUUUGAGAAUUCAGAAAAGCUUCACGUGGGAAAAAUUUUCCUUAGGAACACCUUAUUGGUCCAUUGGUCUUAUUUCAUAGCCACUCUCAAAUAUGUCUUUUAUAAUGAAAAAAUACAGAGUAAACAGAAGAGAUUUAGAAUAAGUAAAAAGCUUCCCUUAAAGCUGUUCCUGUGAAGCUGUGGGCGAGCAAGAAGAAAUUAUUGAAGUGUCUCUGGAGAAAGUUCUUGAGUAUACGGAUCAUUUACUUUUUACAGCCUUCUCAUAGUUUUAUCCAUUUCAUUUUCUAGCAGAGUUUGCUACAUCAAUAUUUUUACAUUGCGUUCAUCAGCCCCAUUGAGGUGAUUUCAGGGUGUUUUUUUGUUUGUUUUUUUUUUUACUGAUAUCACCUUAUCCUUCCCACACCUAUCCUGACCCUCUAUUUAAAGCCUCCAUCUCACCCUCAAUAAUGCUGCUGAUUUAUUCUCAGAUGUCUCCAGUGUAGCUGCUUCUUUGAGUUCUUGUCCUGAUUCAGGUAAACCAUUGAGGACAGCCUUGAAUUUAGUAGCUGUCAGGUGGCUUGAACCAUUUUUCAUUGAAUGUGCUUUGAUGUUUGCUUACUGAAUUUUAAUUGAGUUUAAAAUCAAACUGUUGUAUAUGAGAAAUAAGGGGAUCUGACUUGGAUUUUCCAAUAUUUGGAAUGCAAAAGCACAUUGUGCUUUGUGUUAAAAAUGUUUUCUCCUUUUACUAGAUGUAAAAGUAUUCCAUAAAUUGUUUUUGUAAAUUUCCAGUCUUAUUUCCACAUCCAUUAAGUUGAUUUAGCAGACAUAAGUCAGAAAUUUCACAUAUCCCUUGUAUUAAAUACUUUAGAGGGAAACUUGGUGAAUAAUUUUAUGAUGCUUUUUUUGUGUGUGGCUUUCUAGACUUAUUUGAAUUGUGCAAUAUAGCCAUAAUGCUACAGUGACCCAUCUCUUAUUACCUUGUAAAGUGUAUUAUUGGUCUGAUAGCCUACUGAUGCCAUAACAACAACAUAAGCAACAACAUAAGCAGUGGAAUCUGCCUUGGCUUGAAGUUUUUAGGAAGUGUGAGAGUAGUAACUGAAGAGGGUGAUUUAUUUCCUUCCUGUGAGGGCAGCAUAUCCUUCUAGGUGGCAGUGUUGUUGGGAAAAGAACACUCGUGGGUCAUGAUCAGUCCUUGGACAUGAUCGGUCGGUCCUUGGACAUAGAGUGUUUAUUGCACUUUAGUCCUCACAGGCUGCUCAUACCAGUUGCCACAGUGAGAGAAAGGGUCUAAAGGAAAGUGCCCUCCUUAUGGUGCCUCCUGUCUGACAGACUCUUUGAUUGGUAUACUCUGAGCUCUGGAGCAUUUUACAGAAAGAUUCCUCCUCUUUCUGCCUGCCAGUUCCAGGUUUUCAAACACCACAACCCCAAGCAAUGUAAGUUAGCCAAGUCUCCUGUGAGAGGAAGUAUAGAAUGGUUGGUUGAAAGUCUUGAGGCAGAAUCCCUAACCCUCUUAGAUCUUGAACCAAAGAAAUCUAAAACAGUAGGAGGUUGAGGAGAAAACAGAGUCAGUCUCAGUUUCUCCUUACCUUUAUUUCUAUCAUAAAUUUUAAUUGAAAGAGAAAGCUGAUGAACUUGUCAAUAGCAUAUAAUUGACCCAAGUAAUCUGAGAAUAAAAUGUGACUGUAAUAGUUUUAGCCAAAUUUCCUAACUUAACAUCUUUAUUCUCCAGCAAAGAGAAUAGACCACUUAAGCACCAGUUGCUCUAACCUUGCCUUCUUUCUUGGGAUAAAUUUUUCCCUGCCAAAAACUACCAUAUGAGGCAGAUGUUUUAUAUGAAGGUAUUCUGCAGCUUGUCUUUUUUUUUUUUUUUUCCUUUUAAGAUAGGGUCUUGCUAGACUCCCAAGAUGCUUGGUUUAUAGGCAUGUGCCAUCACACCUGGCUUCCACUUUUAUUCCUAGGAAUAUUGAUUCUGUGCCUCUGAAGCUUUUUGAUUAUUAGGAAAGUCAGUAUGAAAUCUCUCAGCUGAGUCUGAGGGAACCUUAGGAAUCCCAAGAGAAUUACAAUUAAUUUUCAGGAAAAAGUUUUUUGGACAAACUUACAUGUGAAAUGCUAGAAAAUGUCCAUCUCUGUUUCACAUGCUAUUUGCUUAAGCCAUUAUAGAGUUCAGUUGACAGAUGUUGAGUCUCAGUGUUUGCUCAGCCAGAGUAGUUUAUUGCCCUUUUAGGGAAAACCAUGAGCAAGUAAACCUUUUUAUUUUGUGUGUUUUCGAGUGUCUAAUUUUGAAAAAUUGGCAUGGGGAAAUGGUAUGUGAGGCUCAAAAGAAAGGAACAAAUCAGUUCUAAAACUGAGGUCCUUUGCCUCAAGGUCAACAUCUGUCCUGAGCACAUAACCACAGCUGCCUCACACCUGAGGAGGUUUACUUUCCUCUUUGUAUGAGGAACUCCAUGUCCUUGACUGGCAAUUCGGGCUUCUUUUCUACAUCUCUAACCAGAUCAUCUAGAUGGAGAUUGGCACCCCUGGAAGAACCACCAGGGCUUCCCAGCUGCUUCUGGGCAUGGCUUUAGUACCAGGACAAGAGCAUGUAAGCAGUCAACUAGAAUUCUAACCCGAAGAAGAGAUGGCAGAAAUGAGGUGUCCAGGCAUGUACUUCUCUUCUGCCAUGCCCUCCACCCCCCUGCAAACAGGGAAAUAUUUGAAGUAAUGUAUUUAUUUUUUGUUGUUGUUGUUACUGUGGAAAAAGAAAACAUUGCCCCACUUACUACUUACUCUUAUUAAUUCAGAUCUAUGCCACACUGCUGCUCACACAUGUUUCUUAGCCUAACCCUUCUCAGCUCCUGAAGUUAUUAAUUUACUCUUUUUUUUUUUUCUUCUUUUAUGGCACAAGAGAAUGAGAACCUAAAGACAGAAAAUCCUAACUUGAAAAAAAGUCUUUAACUGGUAUGGUUUGGUUAAUUACUUUAUCUCUAUCCAAGUCAAAUGAUUUUCUUUCUUAGUGCUACAUAAUCUUUAAUAAGUGAAACCUUUGCUGCUACUUUCCUGGGUUUACAUCAAGUUCUUCCCUUCUCUUAAGAAUAGUUUCUUAUCUGUACUUCUCUGGUGACUGUUAAUUUCUAAUGAGUACAAAAAGGGGUGAGCCUGUGAGUUCUUCUCCUACUCCCCUUCCCACCCCCACAUCACACACUAAUUCUUACUCCCGGAGCCUGUUGGCACAUGUACAAGAACCAUGGGACCAGGCUCACCAGAAACUUUCCAUGUUUUCCUCAUCAUGCUGCAGCCCAAGAGCUGACCCCCAAGGAUCUGUGACUACCCACUGCAGAGGGUUACUGUAUAGGGGGAGAGGCUUCUUAAUUUUGCCUUUCUCCACUCUUGUUUUAUCACUCAGCCUUCAGAUGCUUCCCACUCUGGCCUCCUCCCUUUUCCUUCUAGGAAUUGUUUCCAGUUAACCUGCUGCCUACAUUUUCCAGCUGCUCUGCUCACCUUUGCCCACCUUCCAGUGACCCUGAGAGCACAGACCUGAGUGACGUGGCCUGUGCAGAACUCAGAGAACUGUGAGGACUACCCAUGCCUGUCAGACUCUGCUGUGAACAGAGAUGGAUGGGUAAAUGUUGCUGUUGGAGAAAUUCUUACUUUCAAACCAGGCUGUCUGAUCCCUGCAUCCCAUCCAACUCCCCCUAAGAGAUGAAAUGCAGAGUGGGUGGAGUACAGGGUCUGGUCCCUGCCCCCGUAGCCACUCAGCCUGUUCAGGAGUGCUUCAGUGUGUGGGAAUUGCUGCUUGUUCCCACUGGCCCCACAGUCCCUACAUGGUGACUUAACACCAGGUUCCAUUAGCUGUCCAAGUGACUGGAUUUCCACUCAAUAUUUUUGGCACUUGAGGAUGGGGGGAGGGGGAGUUAUUUAAAAUAAAUAAAAUCCAAGGUGGCAGUAGAGGAUUUCUUUUGCUUUAAAAUCUUUGGACUAAAAAAAGAAAUGUUUUUAUAUAUAAAUAUAUAAAUUGUUAUGUAACUAUUAUUGUUUUCUGUAUGUUCUAAUUUUGUUUUAUGAUGUAAUUAAAGGAAAUAAGCUGUGAA